AUGGAGAUGCUUGCCGGCGACUCCUCCGGAAGCGCUGUCGUGCAAAAGCUGCUGGACAUCUGCACCCCGGACCAGCGCAGAGCCAUCGUGGAGAAGUUCCGCCAGUCGGUGGUGAAGCUCUCCCUGAAGAUGCACGGCUGCCGGGUCAUCCAGAAGGCCUUCCAGGUUUGUCCUCCGGAGCUCCAGAGCAUGCUGGCUGGAGAGUUGAG